AUGGGCUCGGUCAACGAACAUACAGUCACCAUCCCGAACCCUUUCCGGACUCGAAUUCUCAAUGGCGAAAUCACUCCACUCAUGUCUAUCAAAUACGUGGUAGGCAAUGAAAUUGCCAUGAUGGCCAAAAUGGCUGGUUUCCAUGCGCUGUUCAUUGAUAUGGAACACUCAUCGCUGGACAUGCGCACUGUAGCCCAACUUAUUCUGGCCUGCAACUAUGCGGGAAUUUCUCCCGUCGUCCGCUCCCCCUCCAAGUCUCACUGGCAUAUCAGUCGCAUUCUCGACGCGGGUGCUGCCGCUGUUGCCAUUCCCCACAUUGAAACAGUGCAAGAAGUCCGCGAUCUCGUUCAUCAUGCAAAGUAUGCGCCGCUCGGCGCUCGCGGAUGCAUGAAUAACCAGCCUGUUUUCAACUUUCAGCAUGUUCCAACUCUCGAGCAGAAUGAAGCUAUGAACAUCCAGACCAUGCUCAUCCCCAUGAUUGAGACUCCAUGUGCCGUGGAUCUUGCGGAAGAAAUCUUCGCUAUCGACGGUGUCGACGGGGUCUUGAUCGGAUCCAACGACUUGUGCACAGACCUGGGUAUUCCGGGAAAGUACGAUGACCCGCGAUACCUCAGCUCGGUCACAAAAGUCAUCAACGCAGCCAAUAAAUUCGGAAAGCCCAUAGGUAUUGGAGGUAUUGGUGGACGACUUGAUCUUCUGGAGAAGUGGUUCUCCAUGGGCGCGACUUGGUCGCUCAGCUGCGCAGAUGGAGCUAUCCUUCAAAAUGGGAUGAAGAAGGUUGUACAGAAUUACAAUGACAUUAGCUCAAGACUGGAAAGGCCUAAGCAAUAG